UAAAGUUUUGUCCUUUUUCUUAAAGAUAAUGAAUUUAUGAUUGACAUGAGAGGAAGUUAGGAACCCAAUACGAUUUAUUAGCAGAGUUGGAUUUGUGGGGAAAAGUGUUUAAUGAUGAUGACACAUUCAAACUCAAAAAGUGUUUAAGAAAGAAGGAAGAUUGGACGAGAAACCCAUCAAACUUUUUUGACCGACGUACACUCUCAUUCUAUUUGCACUGUUCCAUUUCUGAUCUGCCAAUUGCCAGAGAACUGUAGUGACCACUCUCUACCCUCCCCAGGUGUACGAUUCCUUUUACACGAGAGAUUUGUUGUUUUCUGCAGCUUUUCUUCUCCUUCCGCAUCUGGACCACCUCACUUACCGCUCACUUCCAUAUCAUUUACGGCAUCGGCGGCGGCCUCUGCUGCAAUACCGGCCCCUUUAUCUUCAUAACUGGCUCUGCCGGGCUGAUCCGACGGACACCAUCUCCCCUCUUCCUGAUCGGACGACCAGGACUUGACCGUCAACGCAAGGAUUUGAACUUUGGAGGACUAGACUUAUGGAUCACAAUGGCCAUAGAAGUGGUAACCAAAGGAUUCUUGUUUCUAUGCAAAAUGGUAACGGAAUUUCUACCAACUCUGUUGAUGAGCUGGACCCAUGGACCGCUUGGCUGUACAAACCUCGCACAGUUACAUUGUUGUUUAUUGGUGCAUGUCUUCUCAUUUGGGUAAGUGGAGCUCUUGAUCCAGAGCAAACCUCCAGCAAUGAUCUGGUUACAUCUGUGAAAAGGGGUGUUUGGGCAAUGGUCACAGUGUAUCUUGCUUAUUCUUUAUUACAAGCCCCUACGACGAUUCUUAUUAGGCCACAUCCUGCCAUUUGGCGCCUAGUUCAUGGAAUGGCUGUCAUAUACCUUGUUUCAUUAACAUUUUUGCUUUUUCAGAAUCGUGAUGACGCUCGCCAGUUUAUGAAGUAUCUGGAUCCCGAUCUUGGUGUUGAACUACCUGAAAGAUCCUAUGGUGCUGAUUGCAGAAUCUAUGUACCUGAAAAUCCCACGAACAGGUUUAAGAAUGUUUAUGAUACUGUGUUUGAUGAGUUUGUUCUGGCUCAUGUUCUUGGAUGGUGGGGGAAAGCCAUCAUGAUUCGUAAUCAACCUCUUCUAUGGGUGUUAUCAAUUGGGUUUGAGUCAAUGGAGCUUACCUUCCGGCAUAUGCUACCAAAUUUCAAUGAGUGCUGGUGGGACAGCAUUAUUCUUGACAUUUUACUCUGCAAUUGGUUUGGUAUUUGGGCUGGAAUGCGCACUGUUCGUUAUUUUGAUGGUAGAACAUAUGAGUGGGUUGGUAUCAGCCGACAACCAAAUAUUAUUGGCAAAGUGAAGAGAACACUUGGUCAAUUCACUCCAGCACAUUGGGAUAAAGAUGAAUGGCAUCCACUUCUGGGCCCUUGGCGUUUUGUUCAAGUUCUCACUCUCUGUGUUGUUUUCUUGACAGUAGAGUUGAACACAUUCUUCCUCAAGUUCUGUCUUUGGAUUCCUCCAAGAAACCCUUUCAUAAUAUGUAGAUUAAUUUUAUGGUGGCUGAUUGCGAUACCUACCGUUCGUGAGUAUAAUUGUUACCUAAAUGACAGAAAACUGGUUAAAAAAGUGGGACCAUUCUGUUGGCUUUCACUUGCCAUCUGCAUAGUUGAACUUCUAAUAUGCAUUAAGUUUGGGCAUGGAUUGUUUCCUGCCCCCAUGCCAAAAUGGUUAAUUAUUUUUUGGACAUCCUUCGGGAUUGCCCUUGUGGUGUUCUUGUCCGCAUGGGCAUGGCAAUUAGUUAGAAGAAAGCAGCAAUGAAGCCACUGGAGUAGUCUUGUUGUCAUGGAAGUGGUUUACCAGAAAUCAGCAAUCAAUUCUCGUAUUGGUGUCUAAUUCUUUAAUUUAUCUGAGAUGUUUUGAUAGCCAUUAUGUUGUAAAUGCCCAUUUAGGUGCUUGUUAUAAUAAUUGUAUAGGCUUUAUUUCAUUAUAACUAAUUAGGUUAGAUCACACACACAUACAUGUUUAGGGAACCUCACUUGCAUACUUCUCACAGGUUAAAGCUUUGCAGAUAUUCAAGUCUCAUUUUGUAGCUUUGAGCAGUGCCAAAUUACUUCUAUUUAGAUAAAAAGAUGGUACUCUAACUCUUAUAUCAGGAAAAUCACAUGGUUCUAUC